UAUACCCUAACUGUAUCCUUGAUUGUCGUUGUUUACUGUAGUUAUGGGGAUGUUUGCAAACCAUUUAAAAGAUCAAGACAGGCCUAUGACCAACCGUUUGCUAGCUUCUCAGAUGAGAUGGACUUUCUUACGGGUUUGUACUUUGCUUUUAACUAUAUAUCGGCUACAGCCGGUGGUACUAUUAUGCUACUGUAAUCCACUUCAGAGACUACAUGUCAUCUCUGAACUGUUGCGAUUGCAAAAAGACAGUGCCAGUGGCAUUAACAAAGUAGUUAGGUUUGUAACGCGAGUUUCUCAAUCGUGAAGGCUUUUAAUUUAUGAAGCAAACAAGCAUCAGACUCAAAACAGUUAUGCAUGCACAUGAAGGUAGAAAAUUUAUGCCAGCAAACUAGAGUAGUACUGGUUGUAUAUCACUAUAUUUUUUUGUGUGUGUCUAGAUUCUUUGGGAUCGAACGAUAGUAAAGCUGGGACCUUUCCGAGAAGACAUCAUACUAUUGCUUGGUACAAAUCUGACUUUGCAGACGGUAUGUCAUUUCUCCUCAUGACUAUUUCAUUAAACACGACACGUGCAGUAUCAUUUCUGGUAUGUGUGAAAUAAACCCGUACAGUCCACACCUGACAUUUCUAGUUCCGUUGUGUUUGUGUAGGUCAUCAAACAUUCCCUCGUAUUCGUAAACCGCUUCCUUUUGCUUCAUGUGCAAUGGCGUCUGGUAUUACGAGUGCAAGCAGCAGCAGUAGUGGUCUGGUGCCAGAUAUCGAAGAUCGCCCAUCCAGUCAAUGUGAGUACUCGAUUACACGAUCAAAGUUUCUGUGAUUACAGUAUAGGAAUUUUGCAUAUAUGUAAACUUUAAGUUUUGAAGGAUUUGUAAAAAAUGUUUGAGAGAACUGACUCGGUGUUUAUUACUGAAAAAUGCUUGAAGUUUCAUUCAACUUAACAUCGCUAAAAGCCAGCGAUGUUAAGUUUUGCAGUGACACUUUUACUGGUGGCUCAUUUAACAGUACGAUUUGCUUAAACUUUUGACAAAAAGUAAAUCGUAUACGCAAAAUAGUAAAUGGAUCAUGUAGUUUCCUUGGUAGCAAUACAAAAAACAUAAAGCUUUUCCAAGAAUUUCUCUGUUGGUUAUUUAGAUCAAUCUGUGCCUAAACAUUGGAAGUUGGGUAAACUCCUUGGAACUGGGGCAUUUGGUCAAGUCUUCUUAUGUCACGAUACGGAAAAUGGACGAGAGUUAGCCGUGAAACAGAUUGAAACUGGAAUUACAACUUCGGCAACACAGAAGGUUUAUUUCUUACUAUUUUGUUGUCCUGCUUCUGAAAAUGAACCGGACUAGUUACUGCACAGAGGCAAACCCUUGAAGCUCAGACGAGAACCAUCUACAACUCUACUUUCAUGAAUUUUAAAGCACGGAAAAUUUAGCUAUCCCUAAGUAAAUCCCUUGCCUCAAUCACAUUGAGAAAUGUCGCACUAACCGCAUCUGCCUCCCGUGAGAAGUUGUUCUCAUUCAGCUAAUAUUGGUAUUUACGCUUUCAGGAAAUAAAUUCUCUUGAAGUGGAAAUUGAAUUACUGAAGAGUAUUCAUCAUGAGGCCAUAGUCUCCUACUUUGGAACUCAGCAAAGUGACACGAGAAUAUGGAUUUUUAUGGAGUAUAUGGCUGGGGUAAGAAAAUUACUCCGUAAUUUGAAUCGUAAAAUAUAACUUGCAUGAUGGUGCAGUUUAUGCUAAUAUUUUUUCAGGUAGUGCAGACACGAACAACGUAGAAGCACUCUAUACAUUGGACGCUGACGUUCAAUUUAAAAACAUGCGAAAACGGAUCUGCUUAUAUAAUGUUGGCUUAAAUAAAGAUACGCUGGACGCUGAAGUUUAAUUUAAAAACAUGAGAAUAUGGAUUUGUUUAUAUAAUGUUGGCUUAAAUAAAGAUACGUCGGACCCUCAAGUUUAAUUUAAAAACAUGAGAAUAUGGAUUUGUUCAUGUAAUGUUCGCUUUAAGUAAAGAUACGUUGGACCGUCAAGUUUAAUUUUAAAAAACAUUAGCAUAUGAAUUGUUUACAUAAUGUUGGCUUUAAGUAAACAUCUGUCUUGCAAUUUUUAGGGUUCAAUCUACGACCAUCUGAAACAACAUGGUCCUUUAUCUGAAAGUUUAACCAGUAGAUAUACCAGACAAAUAUUGGCAGGAGUUUCAUAUCUUCAUUCAUACACCGUUAUACAUCGUGACAUUAAAGGUAAAGGUACAGUGUGGUACUACAGUGGGUUGGUGCAUGGUAGUACAGUGCAUGGUAGUACAGUGUACAGUGUAUGGUAGUACAGUGUACAGUGUAUGGUAGUACAGUGUAUGGUAGUACAGUGGGUUGGUGCAUGGUAGUACAGUGGGUUGGUGCAUGGUAGUACAGUGUAUAGUGGUACAUUGGGUUGGUGCAUGGUAGUACAGUGUAUAGUAAGUAGUACAGUGAGUGGGUUGGUGCAUGGUAGAACAGUGCAUGGUAGUACAGUAUAUGGUAGUACAGUAUAUAGUAGUUCAGUGAGUGGGUUGGUGCAUCAUAAAACCAUAGUGUUAUUCUUUUAAUCGAUGUCAAAACGCGACAUUUCUCGUGUUAACCGCGCAGACAAGAAAGGGACUGGAACUGACGUCCAAUAGCUUUUCAAUUUCGCCAUUUUGGUUUCAAACACCUCAGGCUUUCUUCUGGUUCCCUCCUGUAGUAACACUGCAACAAGGAGUGGUCCGUACAGGGCUCGUAGAGGGAACAGUUUGGAACUGAUAUCUAGUAAAAAUAAUAUUAGUUUACUUCGGGUUUCCUCUUGUAAUAACACAGAACCACAUAUCGGUUACUGAAUUUCUAUAGGAAGAUCAGUUUGGAAUUAAGGGUUAUUUAGAAUUUUUUUUCUAAAUUUUUUAGGAGCCAACAUUUUGAGAGACACGAAGGGAAACGUAAAGUUGGCUGAUUUUGGCGCAUCAAAACGACUACAGGUAAUGAUGACAUUAUGUGCAUUUUAUAAUCGAUGAGCAACCGUGGUUUGUGUCUCAAUUAUCUGAAAAAGAUCAAAGCACGUCGACCUAUAGUCUUCCUCAAUGACGACACUGUUCAGAUUUGUUCCACUCAAUUUGCCUGAUAACUUGAUAGAGCUCAUUCGUUUUUUCCAACUACUGUAUCGUUAAUUGCCCAAACAAUAUUUUCAGGUAGUUCGCUAGUUGUUGUAGAAUUAUAUUACCUAUACACUGUACCCUCGCGUUUGAGAUAUAUUUUUCAGGUAUAGUUCAGGACUUCAGAGAAGUGGGCUCGGCUCCAACUUUUCAGCCUGCCCGGUGUGGACAUACACUCAGAGUAACAUCAAAAACAUUAUAUUCACCUGAGUACUUAACAUCAAAACACACACAAAAAAUAUUAUUUAACUUUGCCAAAGAACAUGCUACAUAUGACACACACAAGACAUAUACCAUAAUUACAGAUGGCAGGUACACGCUACAGCUUUCGCCAAUUACAGCAGCUCUUUAAAUGAACUUUAAACCAUUUUACUGGAAAUAAUAAUUUCAAUAAAAUGUUUGUACAUUUUGUAGACAAUAAGCAGUAUGACUGGCUUCAAGUCUGUCCAUGGAACACCGUACUGGAUGGCACCUGAGGUUAUUAAUGGUGCUGGUUACGGCAGGAAGGCCGAUGUCUGGUAAGUACAUUGAUUUGUUGUUAAUACUCGAGAAAUUACAAGGAGUUGAAUCAACUCGAAAAGAGUUAUUUUGUCACCAAAAACAGUGACAGCCUCGUACCCAGGGCCCAGGCUCUUUCCUCUUGGCGAGGGAAGAAAAGCCCCGGUAGACGCUGGUCACCUGAUCUGCUAAAAGCUAGCAGAUUUUUAAUUAGCAAUCCAAGAUGAGGUUAAAGAAAUAUUUGAUAUUUGGAUAAUUUUUAUAGUUUAAUUUAUAAUUUGCUUUUUGUAUGAUUGUCGUAAAGGAAUCCAAGAUAGUUAAUUAGAAAUCUGCUAGAGUUUAGCCGAUAUCACGUAACCAGCGUCUACCACAAGAGGGAAAACCCUGGGUACGAGGUUGAAACAGUGACAGAAUAACAUUUUUGGUCUUCUUGACAUUUACAGUGAAAUUACUGAGAAUGUGUUGUCUGUGUUUUACAUCUUACAGUAUACCUAUCAAAUAUAACUUAACCGAUUAGCCACGGUUAGUGUGCGGUAAAUCCUUGGCUUAACCUAACCCACAGGGGCUUUUCAGACCUGGGGCACCUGGAGAAACCCACGACUUUCGGCAGAGCGUUGACUGACUCUUUUCACAUGAGUUUGUAGCGAGAAUCGAACCCACGAACUCCGAGGUGAAAGGCGCUUGGUUUGACAACUGCUCCACCGAACAGUACUUCUGAACGGUACUGUAUUCUCACUCUGAUAACUGCUGUGUGACAGUGUUAAACCUACCUAAACAUGAUUGUAUGAUUAUCCCUCUAGGAGUAUAGGCUGCACGGUUAUAGAAAUGCUGACAGGUAAACCACCCUGGGCAGAAUUCGAACCAAUGGCGGCACUUUUCAAGAUUGCGACUCAAGAAACCGAAGCAAAUUUAUCCCAAGAUACUUCGAGCAGUGCUCGAGAUUUUAUCGAAACGACCCUUACGAAGUAAGUGUGUUAUAGUUUGUCCAUUUAGUUUUUCCUUGAUUGCUGCUUUUAUUAUCAAUAUCAAGUUGUGGUCAACCAUAUAUACCAAUAACUCUGUAUUGUCAAUUCGAGUCAACUGGGAAAGGAACGAAUUUAAUGUUUCAACUUUAUAUAACUGAGUCGUCUUCAGCUAGGAAAAUCUGACAACCAAUAUAAAAAUACUUCGGUUUACUUUGAGAACUGUUGUUUACUUUUGACUUUUGUUAAUUUAUGAAGUCUAGCAUGAUAAUAAUUAUAAACCACGCACUUAUUUGAUGAGUUUAGUUCAAUAGCUUAUCCAGAAAUUCUUUCAAUUUUAGGGAUCCAAAUUCACGACCCAGAGCUGCUGAGCUGCUCUCACACUCUUUCGUUCAAGACUAUCCAACCACGUGAUAUUUCCUGGAACUUUAGCAAAGCUAAAGAAUUUGGCACGAUAAUAAGUAUGAGUGUCCAUAAAUUGUGAUGCGUCCUCGUGCAUUAAGACGGUGUUACAGUAUUAAAAGGGCGAUAAAAUGAUCAAAACUUUAUCCAGUUAUAAGACUUGAGGCUUCAUCCAGUCCUAGGACUAGAUCAAACUUCAUCCAGUCCUAGGACUUGAUCAAACUUCAUCCGGUCCUAGGACUUGAUCAAACUUCAUCCAGUCCUAGGACUUGAUCAAACUUCAUCCAGCCCUAGGACUUGAUCAAACUUCAUCCAGUCCUAGGACUUAAUCAAACUUCAUCCAGUCCUAGGACUUAAUCAAACUUCAUCCAGCCCUAGGACUUGAUCAAACUUCAUCCAGUCCUAGGACUUGAUCAAACUUCAUCCAGUCCUAGGACUUGAUCAAACUUCAUCCAGUCCUAGGACCUGAUCAAAUUGCAUUCAGUCCUAGGCCUUGAUCGUGAAUUAUAUUUCAUCCACUCCUAGGACUUUAUCAAACUUGAUUUAGUCAUAAGACUUGAUCAAAACUUUAUCUACUUAGCCUAUAAGAGUUGAUCAAAACUUUGCCCAGUCUUAGACGUGAUCAAAUUUUAUCCAUUCUUGGGAUUUGAAAAAAUUCUAGGAUUUGGUCAAAAUUUGUCCAAUCCUAGGACAUGAUCGAAAUAUUAUCUAGUUGUAGGAUUUAUUGAAUCAAAACGUUAUUCAGUUCCUUGUGUAACACCGUCUUAAUGUCAGGCGACAAUAGAAUGUGUACAUUUGAAUAUUUUGAUAUUUUUGUAAAUAUAAAUUCACUGCUAAGUGUUGUACAUAAUGCACAGUAUUGCGAAAUGAUAGUGAUAAAUUAUUUUGAUCCAUUGACCAUUCGACGGUUUUAUCCAAGCAUGUUUUUACACUUUCAAAUUUUUAUACCCCCAAAUUAUGAAGCAAUGUCGUGACACAGGAAAGAUUUAAUACACAUUUUCCUAUUUGUGGUGUGUCGAAUUAUUUGCCGUCUUUUUUACAGUUAAGUAUUUAAUGUCACUUGCUUGGAUAAAACCUUUCUCGUAUAACGAAAUUUUUGCUGGUGUAGGCUUCACGUAUCGAUAAUUAAUUUUUCAGUUCAAUUCGUCGCGUGUAAAAAGAUAGGUGCCUAAAAACUAGCCUUAAAUCUUAAUCCUUCGACAAUUUAUACGUGAAGUCUAUUGUUAAACCAGUAAUUCAAUCACAUGCACGAAAUAGUAGUUUACUGUGUGAAUCGAACUGAAAUUUAGAGAUUGAAUGUAAUAACUUAGUUUUGUAUUGGAUUAAAAUCUCGCAACCGAGGGUCCUUGUUUUAUCACCUUUAUCAACUGACGUAAAU